CCCUCAUUUCUCUGCUUAUUCCAUCCAUCUUUCAGCUUCUGUUCGAGCUCGUAAACAUGGUGGACCUCUUCGCCGGAGCUCUUCUCUCCGCUAUUGUUCAGGUCUUGAUCGAAAGGCUCGCUUGUCGCGAGGUCGUCGAUUACCUUUUCGGCAAGAGCCUCGUCGUUAAGCGUCUCGAAGAAUUGAAAGUCGUCUUGUUGUCCGCUAACAAGCUUCUCGACGAUGCCGAGGAGAAGCAGCUCAGCGACCGCAAUGUCGGAAAGUGGCUCGGUCUGCUCGCCGACGUCGCUCUCGAAGCCGACGACUUGGUAGACGAGAUCAAUUACAAAGCUCUGAGCAACGAGCUCGAAAGCCGGCACAGAACGAGUAAGUUUCUUAGGCUUUUCUCGAACUCGUUUAUGAAUGGAUUUGGACCGGAGAUUGAGGAGGUAAUUCGUAGAUUAAGACUUCUAAUUGAUCAAAGAGAUGUUCUUGGUCUGCAAGAGAGUGUUCAGAGGAGAUUUUUGCAAAGACCGAUAGUUCAUUUGGUAGAGGAAUCCGAUGUUUACGAAAGGGAUUUUGAUAAAACGUUUAUUGUUGAAUUGUUGGUAUCAAGUGAUUGUGGCGGGCGGAGAAUUUCCGCGAUCCCCAUCGUGGGCAUGGGCGGUAUUGGGAAAACUACUCUAGCUCAGCUCGUUUAUAAUGAUGAUAGAGUAGAUAGCUAUUUUGAUGUCAAAGUUUGGGUUACUGUGUCGGAUGAGUUUGAUGUUUCCAGAGUGACGAGAACAAUAUUGGAGACGGUGUCAUCGCGAAAAUGCGCAAUCGACGAUUUGUAUCAGCUUCUAGUUGACUUGAGGGAGGCUUUGAGGGAAAAGAGAUUUCUUUUUGUUCUUGACGAUGUUUGGAAUGAGAAUUAUCAUUUAUGGGAUGCUUUGAAAAGUGCUUUCGAAUCUGGAGCGCAUGAGAGCAAGAUAAUUGUGACCACUCGCAGCAUAAUUGUUGCAAGGAUGGUGGCGACCGGGCAUAUUCAUUACCUGUCAGGCAUGUCCGAGGAAGGUUGCUGGAAAUUAUUUUCAAGACAUGCCUUUAGCACUUCUAUAGAGGUAGAUGCUUACCCGGCUCUGCGAGAAAUUGGAAGAGAAAUUGUCAAAAAGUGCAACGGUCUCCCCUUGGCAGUAAAAUCUCUUGGAGGCCUCCUACGGCCAGAACGGAAUCUAAGUAUUUGGGAAAGUAUAUUGAGGAGCAACGUAUGGGAAUUGUAUGAAAAGAAGAGUGAGAUUCUUCCGGCUUUAUGGUUGAGCUAUCGUUAUUUGCCUUCACAUUUAAAGCGUUGUUUUGCCUACUGUGCAAUAUUUCCAAAAGAUUAUGCAUUCCAAAAAGAAAAAAUAAUAUUGUUGUGGAUGGCAGAAGGUCUUUUGCAGCCUAAGAAAGGAAAACGGAUGGAAGAAAUUGGAGAGGAGUAUUUUCAAGAUCUAAUAUCGAGGUCAUUGUUUCAACGAUUAAGUCCAGAUAAAUCAACUCUCUUCAUGCAUGAUCUUGUUUAUGAUUUGGCUACUGUUGUGUCAAAUGAAUUCUGUUUCGAUUUCCAUUAUGCAGCAUGUUUCAUCAUGCAUGACCUUGUUAAUGAUUUAGCAAAGUAUGUGGCUGGAGACUUUUGUUUUAGGUUGGAGGGCAACAAUUCACAAGAAAUUCCAAAAAGUGCUCGCCAUUUUUCCUAUAUGAGAUCAGAUUAUGAAACCUCCAAAAAAUUUGAUUCGCUUGACGGAGCAAAGUGCUUGCGCACCUUCCUACCGUUGAACUUAUCAUCAUCUGAAAACUUCUUGAGUGAGAAGGUGACCACUGAUUUAUUACCAAGUCUAACACGCUUACGGGUGCUGUCUUUGUCACAUUAUAGUAAUCUGACGGAGUUGCCUGAUUCAGUUUCUAAUUUAAAACAUCUGAGGUAUCUGGACCUUUCUCAUACUGGAAUCAAAAUGUUACCUGCUUCUAUCAGCACUUUGUACUACUUGCAAACAUUAAAGUUAUCAAAUUGUUUCUCUCUCACUCAGUUGCCAUCCGACAUUGGAAGACUAAUUAACUUGCGUCAUCUUUAUAAUGAUGGAACAAACUUAAAAGAAAUGCCAUUGCAGAUAUGUCACUUGAAAGAUCUCCAGACAUUAACUAUGUUUGUUUUGGGAAAAGGCAGUGGGGCUAGCAUAAGGGAGUUGGGACAGCUUCAAAAUCUUCGAGGAACCCUUUCUGUUUUGGGGCUUCAAAACAUUGUUUGUGCUAAGGAUGCUUUAGAUAUUAGCUUCAAGGAUAAGAAGCACCUUAAAGAGUUGGUGCUGGAGUGGGAUGCUAAUGCUGUUGUUGAUGAUACUCAGAAGGAACGGGAACUACUUGACAAAAUGCAGCCUCAUACAAACUUAAAAAGACUGACUAUCAAGAACUAUGGUGGUACCAUAUUUCCUCAUUGGUUGGGAAAUCCUUCUUUCUCUAACAUAGUUUUCCUAUCUCUAAUGGGUUGUGAAAAUUCUCUCUCUUUGCCACCACUAGGGCAGCUACCUUCUCUCAAAGAACUUUCUGUCAUAGGGUUUGAUCUAGUUGAAAAGGUGGGCCAUGAAUUUUGUGGAGACUCUUCAGUUCAGCCAUUUAGAUGUUUGGAAAUUCUGAGAUUUGCGGAUAUGUUGAGAUGGAAAGAAUGGCGUUGUUUUCAAAGAGGACCUAACUGUGGAUCUUUCCCUAGUCUUCGGGAGCUUUACAUUGAAAAUUGUAAAGAGCUAACUGGCGAUUUUCCCGACCAUCUUCCUGAACUAGCAGAACUUGGGAUCAUUGAUUGUCCGCAACUUAUGGUUUCACUUUGCAAGGCUCCAGCUCUUUGUCAACUAGACCUGGUCAACUUUCGGGAGAAAAUUUUGGAGACUAUUCCACCAGAAUUAUCGUUAUCGUGGCUCUCAAUUGCGGAAAAUCAUACCAUAGUAUCCCUACCUGAUAAAAUAGUAUACAACAACACUCUUGAAGAGUUGAACAUCUCAAACUGUCUUUCCCUUAGUUGCCUUCUUAAGGGUGAUGAUCCACCUCCAACUUUGAAAGUACUAGGAAUAAGCGGCUGCCUGAGGUUAGAGUUCCCUAUGUAUGGUUUCAAUGAAUUCAUUGAAAGCUUGUCAAUAUGCUUUAGUUGUUCCUCCCUCAAGUCCUUUCCAUUGCACUUCUUUCCAAAACUAAAUCGUUUGCAUAUAGAGGGAUGCGAGUAUUUGGAAUCACUGUCAUUUCCAGAGGAACAUUUUCAAGCACUUAGAUCUCUGCGUUUCGUGCAAAUUUCCGAGUGUCAUAACUUUUUAUCUUUUCCAAGAGGAGGACUUCCUGCACCAAACUUGACCUGGCUUGUGGUUGAGAAAUGUGAGAAACUAAAAUCUCUCCCCCAGGGAAUGUACUCUUGCCUCUCAUCUCUACAAGUAUUACGUUUGAGUUACUGCCAAGAACUCUCUUCCUUUCCCAAGGGAGGUUUGCCAUCAAGUUUACGCUCUCUUUCGAUUUUAUCUUGUGAGAAGCUCAUUGCUGCUGAUGAGUGGAAUCUUCAAGGACUUUCAUUGCUUAGAGAUUUCAGUAUUGGUGUUAAUAGUGAGUGUGAACAGUUGAAGUCCUUUCCCCAGGUGGGAAUGCUGCCUCCUACUCUUACCUCUCUUUACAUCUCGGGAGUUCCUAACUUGAAGUCACUGAACCAUGAGGGACUUCAACAUCUCAAAUCUCUUAAAGAGUUAAAGAUCCAUAACUGCCCUGAGCUUCAGUUCAUGCCGGAAGGGCAGCUUCCUUCCUCACUUCGUUCUAUACAGAUCUGCAACUGUCAUUUGCUGAAAGAAAAGUGGCAAGGAAAAAACAAAAAUGACUGGAAUAAAAUCGCUCAAGAUGCUUGCUUACAGAUUGAUGAUGAUGUAAUUUUUACAAGUUAAAAAAGUAUCACAUGUGCUUAAUACUCGCGUCUGCACUCCAGAACGUGCUGAAACUCGUGACAAACAGAAAGGUUGCAAGUUUGUUCCAAGUCUUCUUGCAACAGUUGCAGCCAUCUGAUUUUUACCUCAAUUUGAUGCUUCUAAGAAUGUUCUAAUGGAGAAGGGCUUGCCAGUUAUGCUCUGUUCAGAGUUUCUUAUGGGAACAAGUGCAAAUUUUUGCAUAGAGAACCAAAAAAAAAUAAAGCCAGAGAAGAAGAAGUGGUCUCAACUUGUGUCAACUUGUGUAUGUGAUAAAAGUGUACUUUGUAGAAGUUUUAUGAACAUGGGCCCUUGCUAAAAUAGAAUGAUGGCGGGGACUGAAAAUCGUGCUUAUCUGCUGAAAAGCUUACUUUUAGAGAAUGUUAACAAACAAUGGACCUGUACAUGAUAUGCUGAUAGAAAACGAUUGAUGGCAUCUUUAGUGCGAAUGGCAUGUGGCUCAAAUGUUUGGCUCUGUUUAAAUGGUCUUGAUCUGAUUUUGUAUCUAUAAAUCUCUUAAAGCUUUACCAGUAAAGGCUCUGGACUAUUUCUGUAAGCCUUUUUUAGGUAUGACUACUCUGUUUACUUGCCGAAUGCUUGAGGGUAUCUAAUUUAUG